GGUUAUCAGCAUGUUUGCUGCUGGAAAAUCCUCAAUAGUACUCCUAUGUUUUAGUACAUGCUUCCAGUUGUGCUUGCUGCUAAGGAAGGAAUGGUUGCUCCAUUCAUCAUCAUUGUUAUUUAGGUAGGCUGCCAUGGUUAGUAUCACUCCGUCAUAUGCUUCUGCUGUGAGAUCGAUGGUCCUAUCAUCAUUGUUAAUCAGCAUGACCACUCUACUUCUCUGUAGAAAAUUUGCUGCGUAGAUGCAUUUCCUCUGGUACCCAAUUGGGCCCAUGUGGCUCUGCAUAUGGCUGCUGCAGUAAAAGAAUACUCGCUAUCUUUUACACUUUUUCAUGCUACUGUUCUGCCUCCACAACUCAUGUGACCGCUGUUAUGCUUGCUGCUAUCAUUGCUUCUUUUUUCUUUCUUUCUUUUUUUGUUGUUAUUAAUUAUCAGGGUGCCAUCAUAAUGCUUCUUUUCAACAGCUCAUGCCAUUGCGGUUAUGCAUGCUGCUGUCAAGUACUUGAUGGCUGACCGUCAUCGUAAUGCUCCGUUCAUGCGCCUAAUGUGGUUGCCUCCAUGCUUCCUGCUUUGUAAUACUCGCUCACCUUAAUGCCACGGUUUGUACAAAAUGAAUUUACACCUCAGCUUGCAUUGCAUAAUGCCAUUUUGGGUACUCCUCUGGCCCGAAAAAAUUGCCGCUAGUUAUACUACCGAGCUGUAUUAUCUCAGUCCUUUUCUAGUGACAGAUAAGACGGAUCGGAGGGAGUACCGAACUGCAUCCAUACGGCACGUUUCUCCGUGAAUAUGGUUUCUGCUGAUGCUGAGGAAGGAAAGCCCCAUUUCAUUGGUAGGAUCACCGAACUUUUUGAGGGAACAGACCAUGUCAAGUACUUCAACUGCCGUUGGUUCUUCCGGUCAGAGGACACAGUGAUCUCGACCGCGAAAUUGGUUGAUGAUCAUAGUCAUGAUCCCAAGCGGGUCUUCCUCUCUGACGAGAGGAACGACAACCCGCUUGACUGUAUAGUGUCCAAGGUUAAAAUACUGCAAGUCGAUCCCAAGCUUGAUCUGGAAGCAAAAGCCCAACUAGCGGCUGACAACGAUCUGUACUAUGACAUGUCGUACACUGUGCCCUACUCUACCUUUGAAAAUAUCACAAAUGAUAUAAAUGAAAUUUCAGGGAUUUCUUCGGAUGCUGAUUCGGAGGUUGACACCUCUGUGGCAACCGCAACGCUACUUGACCUUUAUUCUGGUUGCGGUGGCAUGUCCACUGGAUUGUGCUUGGGCGCUGCACUAGCUGGAUUGAAACUUGAGACGAGGUGGGCUGUUGAUUUUAACAGCCACGCGUGCAAAAGCUUGAAGUCCAACCAUCCCAAGACCGAGGUGCGGAACGAGAAGGCUGAUGAUUUUCUAUCUCUUUUAAAAGAAUGGGCAGUUCUAUGUGACCAAUAUGUCCAUGAUAAUAAUGCUGAGGCACCUCCUUCGAUGGAUGAGGAGGAGGAAGAGGGUGAACUCGAAAAGGACGAAUAUGUCGUACAAAAACUCACUGAUAUCUGCUAUGGUGGCAUUGAUAGGAAAAGUUGCAUUUAUUUCAAAGUGCAAUGGAAGGGAUACGGUCCCGAAGAGGAUACCUGGGAGCCCAUUGAAAACCUUAGCGAUUGCCCUUUAAAAAUAAAGGAGUUUGUUCAAGAAGGCCACAUGCGAAAAGUAUUACCACUGCCUGGUGAUGUAGAUGUCUUGUGUGGGGGCCCGCCUUGUCAAGGGAUAAGCGGGUUAAAUCGGUUCAGAAACCGUGACGACCCACUAAAUGAUGAUAAGAAUAGGCAGCUGGUCACUUUUAUGAACAUCGUUUCCUAUUUGCGGCCGAAGUUCGUUUUGAUGGAAAAUGUGGUGGAUAUACUGCAAUUUGCCGAAGGAUAUCUAGGUAGGUAUGCGUUGAGCCGGUUGGUGGCUAUGAACUACCAGUCUCGGCUGGGUAUUAUGUUAGCAGGUUGUUACGGGCUUCCACAGUUCCGCAUGCGCACCUUCCUAUGGGGUGCCCUCACUACAAUGGUGCUCCCAAAGCAUCCUCUCCCCACGCAUAAUGUUGUUAUACGAGGCGGGGCGCCGAAUGCAUUCACGCAAAGCGUUGUGGCAUAUGACGAAAUUCAAAAUCCAACCUUGAAGAAUGCCUUGGUUCUUGAAGAUGCGAUCUCAGAUUUACCGAAGGUUGGUAACGAUCAAGCUGAUGACGUAAUGGAAUACCUUGUGAAACCAAAGACAGAAUUUCAGCGCUACAUUCGUCUUAGCCGUAAAGAAAUGCUGGACUACUCAUUCGGUGAUAAAACCGGUCCUGGAGAAGGCACGCUAAUGGAUCACUGUCCUCUGAGGUUGAAUAAAGAUGAUUAUGAGCGCGUUAAGCGAAUACCAUUUGAGAAGGGAGCCAACUUCCGUGACCUGGAAGGCGUAAGAGUAGGGCCAAACAACGUCGCUGAGUUUGACCCUGAGAUUCCACGAGUUUACCUUGAGUCCGGCAAUCCAUUGGUCCCUGAAUAUGCAAUCAAGUUCAGGAGCGGCAAGUCUCUCAGGCCGUUUGGACGACUGUGGUGGGAUGAGACGGUCCCUACAGUGGUGACCAGUGCAAACCCACACAGCCAGAGAAUAUUACACCCGAGCCAGGCCCGAGUUCUGACCGUCCGCGAGAAUGCGAGGCUGCAGGGGUUCCCGGAUUAUUAUCGCCUGGAUGGUCCCAUCAAGGAGCGGUACAUGCAAGUCGGCAACGCGGUGGCGGUCCCUGUGGCCCGGGCCUUGGGGUACUCUCUGGGCCUGGCGUACCUGCGCAAACACGACGGGAGCGACGGCCCGAUGCUGGUGCUGCCUGCCAACUUCUUCAGCCCAGGGCAGACCGAGGCCGUCGUGCCCGCGGACGAGGUUGCAGAGGAGUAGGACGCAGAGAGCUCCCGUUGCUGCUGGUCUAUUGAACUGGGGCCAUUUGCUGAAAUUGAGCUAGGUUGCUGUGAUUGGCUAGGAUUGGAGUUUUGUGAUUGGCUAGGAUUCGAGAUUGUGCACACUCGUGCUUGAGCGCGUUUUUUCUGCCUUGGUUGUAUUUUUCUCAACAUUAUCAUUGGUUCCCAAUUGAUGAUUUUCAUCAAUAAAGUGGUGGUCAUUGGGCCCAUCCAACAAUUUCAGAAAAA